UUCCAGGUACAGUAAAACUCUUGUGCAUGAAACUGUAAUUAGUGCAUAUCCAAUUUAUGAAACUUUCAAAAUCCCCAGGCAGGGACAGAGGACAUGGCUUGUGAAGACUGUGUCUGUUUUUCUUGCUGUUCAGCAGCAGUGGUCUCUGUUCCCCUUGCCAGUUUGUCUGCUUUUACAAAUAGCCGUAGAGAGCCUGCCUAAGCCUUUAAGUCUGGUCUGGCAUCUGAAGAGCUGGGAAGUUGAACUGGUCCCAAAAGUUCUUCACGCAGUGGAAGGUCACAUUUUUAAGCAGUUAAUGAAAUUACAGGGUUGUGCUCUGAUGCCACACAAACUUCACAGAUCUGUUUUAAAGGAGCGUGUAAGCCCAGCUGUCCUGGGGCCAGGGUGGUGAAGGACACUGCAUUUAACAAAUGUCUCCCCUUCACCCCUCCAGCCUGGCUGGGCACACAGAGCCACCAUGCCGAACUGGGGAGGUGGCAACAAAUGCGGUGCCUGUGGCCACACUGUCUACCAUGCUGAGGAGGUGCAGUGUGAUGGGAGGAGCUUCCACCGGUGCUGCUUCCUCUGCAUGGUCUGCCGGAAAAACUUGGACAGCACAACUGUAGCAAUUCAUGAUGCUGAAGUUUACUGCAAAUCUUGCUAUGGGAAAAAGUAUGGCCCAAAAGGUUAUGGAUAUGGCCAAGGGGCAGGCACACUGAACAUGGACAGGGGAGAGAGACUAGGCAUCAAGCCUGAGAGCACACCUUCUCCUCACCGGCCCACCACAAAUCCAAACCCUUCCAAGUUUGCUCAGAAGUUUGGAGGGACAGAGAAAUGCUCUAGGUGUGGUGAUUCUGUUUAUGCAGCAGAGAAAGUAAUAGGAGCUGGAAAGCCAUGGCACAAGAACUGCUUUCGAUGUGCCAAGUGUGGCAAAAGCCUAGAAUCUACAACCCUAACUGAAAAAGAGGGAGAGAUCUAUUGUAAAGGUUGUUAUGCGAAGAACUUUGGCCCCAAGGGAUUUGGGUAUGGCCAGGGAGCAGGUGCCCUCGUUCAUGCCCAGUGAGGGGGCUAAAAACACCUUCCAGCUCUGCAGAGAUCAUGCUAGAAGGAACAAGAGAGUUUCCUAAAUGUUACUAACUACUGUGAAACAGAUACUAGUUAUUGUAGUGUACCUUCAGCCAGUGAUUUUACAAACACACACACUGCUUUUUUCCUCGCCUUGUGUAUCACACUGUAACACUUUUAAUACUGAGUAUCAAUUCAAUAAAGCUUUGCUUGUUGAUAUAUCCUAAA